UUAUACAGUCUCAUGAUGAUAUCAGUAUUUAUUCGGAGACAAGUAGAGAGAAAUCGAAUACUUGAGAACUUGAGGAAGGGGUGUUUGCGCAUUAUAGGGUGGCGACAUUGGUUCUGCAUUGUUUUGCACUGACUAGGCCAAAUACUUCCAGCACGGGUGGCCGGCUAGGAUCGGCAGAGAGGAUCGGUUCAGUUAUCAUAACAGAUCUAAAGGAGAGGUGGUCCAGAUCUUUUUUUUUUUUUUAAGAAUAUUAAGAGAGGUGGUCUGAGAAGCGAUGCGCAUAUCCGAGGCCACACUGUGUGACUAGUUCUAGUAUACUGGUUGUGACCUGACCGCACAACCAGAGUGUAUUGAACUGUCCACAAUUAAAAACAAGGAGAAUAGCUCUACUACAUAAAUUGUUAUAAUUAAUAGAAUAGAGCCUUAUUCAUUCUUUUGUGAUAGGUAUGACAUGAACUAGCACUGGAACAAGAGGGCUAGAAUAAGUUUCUGGCCCCCCAGAAACGCCACUCCUACAAUCAAUACUCAAAUGCAAUUUUAUGGAGUAAUGUGAAUAAAAAUGAUUAAAAGUUACGAAUAGAGAUAAAAUGUCAUUGCUUUGGAAAUUCAUCAUUCAAUCUACACCUCCAGAUUUGUAUUUUGAUUUCUGGGAUGUUACCUCUCGUCACAACAUUAGGAGAGAGGUAAUUUCAUGCCCACGUAAUACAUCUCCGAAAGGGUGCAUACCUUUAUUCGAAUUUUUGUCUCUAAAUGUCUUUGAAAGUGAUGGACAAUUGUCAUCGGACAAUUUGAAAUUCUUUCAGUUGUUGAAAUAAUGGCAUAACGAAGAAAAAAAUCAUUGAUGUAUCUACGUUAUUAAAAUAUUUUGCCUAGCCGUUGCGGCUGGUGCAUGGGCAAGCGAGAGAAUAGUGUGGCCCGGGGGCCGAUCGUCUCAGCCGUCUGGAGCUGAAGUCCCGGUGAGAAAGUGGCAGAAGUAGGCGCAAGCAGACUUUCGACUUUGUAUUAUUAGGAAUGGGAAUUCAUUGGGCAGCUGAAGGAUGGAAUUCGGUCUGACUACGUCUGGCAUUUGAGAAGUGUUUGAUUGCACUGCCUUCAUUUAAGAAAGUCUGUACAAUGGAAAAUCUUUCGAGAAUAUCUGUUGAAGAGAAGGAGGACGAUCGUCAGAAGUCCGGUACAUUUUUGCCGAUCGUAAUAUGUGCUUUGGCUUUGCCGGUAUCGAUGGUAAUGUGGAUAGGGAAUUUAGCCUUUUCAUUUUUCGCUCUGGAGCGGACACAUUUGCAUGAAGAUGGCAUUGUUAUCCCUCCAACUAGAUGGCUUGCUGCUACUGGAAUUCCUCUUUUUAUUGCAGCAUGGGGUUUAAAGAAAAAAAGUUUGGACAAAUCUGGUGCUGGCCUUGGUUUGUUUAUGGGAUUUAUAUUAACGCUCACAAGUUACUCCUUCUUGGCUUCUUUGCUGAUGUUUUUUGUUUCAUCUUCAAAGGCCACAAAAUUUCGUGCUAAUAAGAAGAGAAAACUUGAAGAAGAUUUUCGUGAAGGUGGUCAACGUAAUUGGGUUCAAGUGUUGUGUAAUGGAGGAAUUGCAACUCUUUUGGCAAUAUUAUACCUCUUGGAUGUGGGAUGGGAGGAGCGGCCUAUUGAUUUCUACAAAGAUUAUCGUGCUUCAUGGUUAGGCCUUGGAAUUUUAGAAUAUAAAUCUGGUUACAACUCUACAGGUACAAAUGGUGGAGUGACAUUCGCAGGGUUGUUCUUCAGUAUUAUUGGAGGUGCAGCUGUUGGAUUGGCCUAUUAUGUAGCUCUUCUGUAUUGUGUGGAUCCAGACGUAUUGGGAGCCAGUCCACAACAAUGGCCUCUGAUUGUUGUUGGAGCAUUGGCUGGAUUGUUAGGAGGAAUUGUGGAUUCUUUAUUAGGAGCAACCCUUCAAUAUUCUGGUUUGAAUGAAAGGACUGGCUGUGUCGUGGAAAAGGCUGGAAGAGGGGUGAGACACAUCAGUGGCAUUCAGCUGCUGGAUAAUCAUAGUGUUAAUCUUGUGUCAAGUUUAUUGAUGGGUUUACUAACUCCUAAAUUUGCGGGGGUGUUAUUUUUGUAAACACUGUACUGAUCUGUUUAGUUCCCAAAAACUAUACCAUUAUUAUCUUGCAAACAUUGUUUUGUUUAAAGUGCAUUAGACUUCUUUUUUGUUGAAGCCAAAAAUGAAAAUUAUUAACCUUAAUUGUUCAUAUAAUAUUAAGAGGACAGGAAAGUAAUCCUCAGUUCUUGAUGAAUUUUGAAUUUUUUAAAUUCUCUAUCUUUCUGUUUUGGCUCAUUGCAUUGUGUCUUGUAGUUGUAAAUGAAUAUAUUUAAAUUCUUGUCUUGACUUACGUGAAAAAACUGAUGGCAUUUUGAAGUUCUGAUGUUGAGUGAUUUCAAAUCUUACAUGAUUUUGUCCAUGGGAUAUUAGGAUAUAAGCUGAUAUGGGCAACUGCAAAUACUGUAUUUUUAUAAUGCACUAUAUUAUAUUUCAGCAUAGUUAGUAAAGUUUUUGAGAUCUUUUUAAUUCAUUUGCAGUGAAAAGUUCUUUAAUUAUGUGAACUUUUCCUGUCACUUUGUGAUAAAUGGAAGUAUCUAAAGUCAUGAGGGCAGCAAGGGUGGCUAACAAGUAAGUGGUCUCUGGAAAUUAUUUUUUUCUGGCGAAUUGAAUAACUGUCUUUUAUUUUGUUUGAAAAUUUUGUUUAAUGAGUUUAAACAGUUUUGAAAUUCUCUUUUUUCCUUUGUCUACUGUUUUAAAAUUUAAAGGUCAAAUUAAAGUUGCACCAUGGCUUAUUCAAUUUUCAGCUCAUCCAUUAUUCUUUUAUUAAUAUAUUAAUAUUUUCUUCUCUUCAUGUAUAUUUGCUUAUUUUGUCAAUUUAUUUUCAAUUAUGUGCUGAUUAUAAUUUUCAGUGCUUUACAGUCGGUACUUUGUUUUUAUUUUAAUAAUGAAGUAUUUGUUUUACUGUUUGUGGUACUGCAUUUGUGGAAGCAAAUGCAAUUGUUGGAAGGUAUGAUCUGCAAGAUAGUAUGUACUUUCUGACUGUGUUUGCGUGCUUGUGUGCUAUUUUGUUUUAUACUUAUUAUUUGUCCUGCAAAGUUUUUGUUGCAGUAACAGUUAUAACUUAAUCUGUUCUAUUAAGUUGUAACAUGUUUUGUUUGACAAUUUGAAACUUUCAAACCUCUAUAAAAUAAUUUUCUGAGUUAAUGUAAUUCUGGACCUGCCAUAUAGACCACAUUCUGAAGCAUACAAGUUAUUAUGACAGUAUUUUUCACUCUGUUGGUGAUAUUGAAAUCUUUUGCUGCUAAUUUGUCCUUAAUUUCUUGUAUUUGGCUUAUGCUGUACAUUAUUAUUUUGACCUAAAAAAUGAUUUCAUUUCUUGAAAUGAAAAUGAUAGCAUUUCUUUUGAAAACAGCUUUCUAUCACUGUACAAUGUGUCGUGGAAAUUGAUGGAUAGCUAAUAAUGAAUAAGAUAAUUUCUGGAAUCCUAGUAACUUUAUAUGUAUUGUCGAUUGAGUUGUAGGUUAGAUCACGUUUCACAACUUUUUUAAAAUAAUUUUGAAAUAUAAUUUAUUUUAAAUUCUAUAUUUCUAUUAUUCUAUAAUUCUAAUUUUCAAUGCCUACUCUUGUCAAUGAGGCAUUUGGGUAAAUAAUGGUAUCUGACUUUUUGGCUGAAAUCAAUUGCAAUGAAACCAUCAAACAGCCACCUUCAUUAAGUAGUCACCUCUGUUAACAGCCAUUUUCUCUAUUUCAUAAAACUUUUAUGGUUUGCUAACUCGUGCUUCUCUUCUGUGGGAAUGUAUUAAGGACUUGCGUAGUAUGCCAUGUGCGUGUUUUGAAAGUCAUUCGAUAACUUCGCUGUCAAAUGGCCCUAAGUUAGGUUUCUACAGAACCUGAAAUGCAUUUUUUAGACUAGUUUGCGUUAUUGAUUUGAUUGUAAAAUGAGUUUCUUGACUAAGAGAUUAGUGCGAAGUUAAGGGUGUGUUUUGAUAUUGGUUGAGAGGCAAGUGAUCCUAAAUUCUUGUUUAAAUUGUAUUUUAUCCUUUAUAUUUAAAAGUGUUAAAGUGAACGUACUUCAUCUCAUAGCAAAUAGAAAAAUUAGAUUUGAUUUUAUUCUUUCAAUAACUUUAUAACAUUGAUUAAGAGGCCACUUCCUAUGAAAGACAAAGUUUUGUUGGAACUAGUGACUUAACACAGAUAUCACUGUAUGUUGAUAACAUUGGUUGUUAAUUUGUCCAAUAAUUUGAGCGUACCAGGCAUCUCAUGACUUUUAUGAUUGGAGUGUUCCAUUGAAAAAUAAGAAAGCUUAUUUUAUUGUCAUAUAGACUCUCUUUUGAAGAAGUGGGAUGGGGGAGAUGAUUGAACUGUUACGAUUAAGAGAAUGACAUGCAAGAUUUUUGAAAUUGAAAUGCUUACAGUGCUUAUGUAGAAGUAGAUAAACUGUUAUGAUUUCAAAUGUUCAAGAGGUUUCUGUGGUAUAGAUUGCAUGUUUAUAUAAUAAUUUUUCACUUUAGUUUUGAUAAUGGUGACAAUCUAGCAACAUGGCAUCUUUAGUUUACCAAAGGUCAAUAAAGACGAUGUUAUGUUAUAGUAAGUUCUUUUAAUCUAAUGUGUAAAUACUUGUGUAAUAAAAAAAAAAUUGUUGCUGGAAACAUUUUUGGGACAUUAUUGAUGUGAAUGUGGAAUUUGUUUGAAAUAAUUUCUUGUUAUAUUGUCAAUAAAAUAUUUAAUUUAUAUAGUAUGGAAGAGUCAGAAGAGUAUAAGUGUUCGGGAUAUGUGAGAAUACAUAUUACAUAUUUUUAUGUAGCUAAUAAAUAAGUAAUAGUAGUAAUAUUAGAAAAUCUGCAGUAAUUUUGAAACUUGUUGGAUGUUUUGGUUGUAAAGUUUAAUACUUGGCAACUUCUUGAUCUGUGUAUUCAAUUAUUAUUUUCUUGAAUUUAACCAAAAAAAAAAUGUUAUAUUGUAAUAAGAGUAUUGUAUGUUUUUCAAUUUACCACAAUCUUUAAUUCCCUAAUAAUACAAUAAUUUAAUUUAAUUCAAAUUAUUCAAUAUAUAUUGUUAUUUCCAAAAGAAAUAUAUAUAUUUUCUCAGAAUGUGCUUCUCGUAUUGUUUGUUCAAUUAUAUUUGCUAUUCAUGACAUUAUUUAGUGAAAUUUAAAAUGUUCCAAUUACUCCAAGUAAUUUAUUAUAUUUAUACAGAUUUUUCAAAUUAAAUGUUUUUGCACCUGGUUUUUAAAGUAAUGUUUUAUUUCAUAUACACUAGUUGC